ACGGGGAACUCCAGCACAAUUUCUGUGCCUAUUGGUCUCAUCAGUCGGAAUAGUGAGAUCCUGGACGUGCCAAAUAUCUACUUCACACCUCACCAGCUAUUUCGAGUGUCCAAGCACCUACCAUACCUCAAGCAGCUGAAACCCGAUAUCGAUCUGACAGAUAUACUGCAUGCUAAUGGUGGUAUCCAUAGAGGAUGUCAUGAUGUAUGCCAUACUCGUAGGGAACAAGUGGAAGAGCCAAGGCGGAUAGCGGUCUAUUUAUCUUGCGGCCACACACAUGUUAUGAGCUCAUCAGCCCUCGACAUUCUCUGUUUACAAGGCUGACUGGUAUGGAAGUGACAUGAGAUAGUUGAGUAGAUGGACGUGUGCGAAACAGAAGCUAUUCCCUUGGCACUCUGCCCAGCUAUCCGAUAUGGGAAAAACAUAUAUACCAGCUACUAGAUCCUCACUUCCCUUGAUCAAGCCUGGUGCUCAAGUGCUGAUCUCACGGCGAUUGCAUGGACAAACCAUCACCAAGAGUUUUACUCGUCGUCUUGAAGUUGCAGCACCCGCUGCUCAAUCCAGAUUAGAACAUUCUCACAAAUA